AUGAUCGUUAAUGCGCAGUAUGUCCCGCAGGAGUGUGCGCGAGCUGGUGCCGGCGCUGAGCGGGUGUGUGAAGAUGGCGCCGCCCCACCACUUCGACUGGACAUCAAUGACUCCAACAUACCCAAAGUGAGCGAGUUCGACCUCUUCUGCGACUGGGCCGACGGACACUGCCGCUUCGUGUACCCGCCGGAGCUCGAGGAGGCCAAGAGGCACUCCUCAGGCUGGGCCAUGAGGAACACAAACAACCACAACGUCAAUAUUCUCAAAAAGUCGUGUCUGGGAGUGGUCGUUUGCAGUCUCCGGUGCACACUUGACGGCGGGAUGAAGGUCCACCUCCGACCCGCCAUCUGUGACAAGGCGAGGAAGAAGCAACAAGGGAAGCCGUGUCCUAACAAGUCCUGUUCGGGAAAGCUGGAGGUCCUGCCGUGUCGGGGUCACUGCGGAUACCCCGUCACGCACUUCUGGCGUCACACCGACCACGCCAUCUUCUUCCAGGCUAAGGGCGUGCACGACCACCCACGACCCGAGGCCAAGAGUACAGCCGAAGCUAGGAGGAGUCUCACAGGUCGUGGACUCUCCCUGCACCAUCACCACCCCGACGACCGCCGCCACGACUCUCGGAGACCAAGGUAA